AUGACGCCACUCAAUAACACGGAUGAAGUUGUGAAUCUCACCGCCGGAAGGACAAUUCCUGGGGCACGAAGAGCCCAUCUCAAUGCAAGAUAUGGGGCCAGCUCAAAACCAACCAAGACCAAAAAGAGGUCAACCAAAUGCGCCGAGGAGAUGUUCAGCAGGUCAGUGAUGGCCGCACCCAUCACCCACCUUCUCCCAACAGAGACCAAAAGUGGCCAAAUCAAGCAAACAACACGUGAGCAAGAGCAACUGCUCAGCUGGGCUGGUGGUGACCUGGCGCUACAGGAAAACCUCAGGCUCACCAAUGCACACAUUGAAGAACUCAAUCACCACCUCUCUCAUAUGAGUGCUGGCACGGCCAGUGACUGCAUUACCAUUUCCCUGACAGCCACCCAUCCAUCUGCCCCUUCCUUGCUGUCUGAGCAAGUCACAGCCCCAAACGAACAGCCAGUACAACGCCAUCUGGCCACCUCAGUUACACAAACCUCCACCUCAGCUGCAACCUCCAGCUCAGCACCGACACGCACGAUCAUCCUGGGUGACGGCACUGAGCUCACUUUCACGGAGGCUGAUGUUGGCUCUCCACCGCUAACCGGCUUUGCUGACAACGUUGCUGGUAGUGUUUGA